CCAGCGCAUUUGGGAAGAUGGUGUACCCGUACCAGUACGAGCUACUUACCAUAAGGUCUCUCUAUUGGCAUCUGGGACACUUGUACCCCACGCAAAAGCGAAGGCGGUGGUCGUCUUAUGAGACUCGUCCUGAAGGACGGAUAUACGCGUGAAUGCAUGGAAUCUCCUCACACAAGAUACCAGGACUGUUGCAAAAUCAACUGUGCAGUCCAUAUAGCCGACAAAGCACGGCAAUGGCACUCAAGACAAGCCGUGCGUGAGGAAAAGACGUUCCAGCGCACUCAGCGUAAGGAGGAGACAGCAGCAGCAUCUUCUGGCACCAGUGAGACGGUUAACGGAUCUUCCAAAUCCCAGAGGAAACGCCGUGCUCGCCGUGGUGGCCGCAAGAGACAGGGAAAUGGCGUCAUAUGAGAUGGAUCACGAAUGAUGGGAAUGAUGUUGAUUGAGGGAUCCAGCUAACUGAGGCUGGAAGGGAUCGCCAGAUAUAUAGAGCUGGCG